UGAAAGGACAGGACAAGCCCGGAUCACCAUGUCACUCUGGGAGGGAGACAGCAGCAACUAAGCUGUGCAAGGUUUUUUUUUUUUUUUUUUCCUUUUUUCUUUUCCCCUUUCUUUUUCUUUCUGUUCCCUCCCUGUUUUCUUUUUUCUUCUUUCUUUCUCUUUCUUUCUUUUUCCUCUUGAUUUGCUUUUGCUUUAAGGUGAGGAAAGAGACAAACAGGAGACAGGAAGCUGAUCUGCAAGGAUUCGGAGUUAUGCUGAAAGGACUUUGAUUUUUUUUUUCCUUUCCCCCUUUUACAAACGCUGGCAAUUGACAUCAAUACAGGCAGCCUGGUAGAGAACAAACUGUCUCAUCCCAAGUGGACCCCGGCAGCUGGGAGAAGGCAGACAAGAUCUGGGGAAGCUGUGUGUGGGGUUUGAUUUUUUCCCACCGAUCCCCGUCUCCUAUUUUUUUUUUUUUUUGGUGUGUUUUUUUUUUUUUUUUAUUAUAUUCUUGCUGUGUUGGAACUAGCGAGUGGUGGAAGACGAGCAAUCUCCGAAGCCUCAUCAGUCAUCGGGACUGUCAGGAAUAGUGGCUUAAGAGGAAGCUCGGCCUGGGGCACUAUACCCUGUCAUCCAGUUCCCUGCCUCGGAGAUAAAGAUUCCAGCUACAUGGGCAAACGCCUGGAUCAGCCACAAAUGUACCCCCAGUACACUUACUACUAUCCUCAUUAUCUCCAAACCAAGUCCUAUGCACCAGCUCCCCACCCCAUGGCUCCUCCCAGCCCCAGCACAAACAGCAGCAGCAACAACAGCAGCAGCAACAGCAGCGGGGAACAGUUGAGUAAAACCAACCUGUACAUUCGAGGCCUCCCACCAGGCACCACUGACCAGGACCUAAUCAAGCUGUGCCAACCGUAUGGAAAAAUUGUAUCGACAAAGGCAAUUCUUGACAAAAACACAAAUCAGUGCAAAGGUUACGGUUUUGUGGAUUUUGACAGUCCCGCAGCCGCCCAGAAAGCGGUAGCGUCUCUCAAGGCCAAUGGGGUGCAGGCACAGAUGGCCAAGCAACAAGAGCAAGACCCAACAAACCUAUACAUCUCAAAUCUCCCCAUUUCCAUGGAUGAGCAGGAACUUGAGAAUAUGCUGAAACCCUUUGGACACGUCAUUUCUACAAGAAUACUAAGAGAUGCUAACGGAGUCAGCCGAGGCGUUGGCUUUGCCAGAAUGGAGUCUACUGAAAAAUGUGAAGUGGUAAUUCAACAUUUUAAUGGAAAAUAUCUGAAAACACCACCUGGCAUCCCAGCCCCUAGUGAGCCUUUACUGUGCAAAUUCGCUGAUGGAGGACAAAAGAAGAGACAGAAUCAAAGCAAAUACACCCAGAAUGGAAGGCCUUGGCCCAGGGAAGGAGAGGUACUGAGAGGCAGGACUGUCCCUAGGCAAAAUCAUGAAGCUGGCAUGGCUCUGACCUAUGACCCCACAGCUGCCAUACAAAAUGGAUUUUAUUCUUCACCGUACAGUAUUGCAACCAACCGCAUGAUUCCACAGACAUCUAUCACGCCAUUCAUUGCUGCUUCCCCUGUCUCCACAUACCAGGUCCAGAGUACUUCAUGGAUGCCUCAUCCGCCAUACGUUAUGCAACCAACAGGUGCUGUGAUUACGCCGACAAUGGACCAUCCAAUGUCAAUGCAGCCAGCAAACAUGAUGGGCCCCCUGACACAACAGAUGAACCAUCUUUCGUUGGGCACAACAGGAACGAUUCAGUCCCAAGACAGGAUUAUGAUACUCCACCAGCUGUUGUGUCAGUAUAUGACUGCUGCUGCUCCUAUGCAAGGGACCUACAUUCCCCAGUACACGCCUGUGCCUCCGACAGCUGUUUCUAUUGAAGGUGUUGUUGCUGAUACCUCUCCCCAGACAGUGGCACCUUCAUCCCAGGACACCAGUGGUCAGCAGCAACAGAUAGCAGUGGACACAUCCAACGAACAUGCAUCUGCAUAUUCCUACCAACAGUCUAAACCAUAAACAAGACUGAAGAAUGUCCGUCUGAAACUUUGCCUUGAAUGAAGAGACUUCAUUGAACAAGAAGUUGGCUUCCAGUUUGCACAGGCGUCAAUGGAAUGCUUUUUUCUUUUUUAAUUUUGUACUUUACCCAACGAAAACAAAGCGUUUUGUGUGCUGUGCAAAUGGGUCCUUCAUGUGGUCUGACAGUUUAUUUUUGCCAUCAUUUUUUAAAUUAAAGUAAAAAAAAAAAAAAA